AUGACAUUCCAGACCAAGGACAACGUGAGCUAUGUCCAUUUCGGACGUGGCGGCGCAGGGAACCGCACCGACGCAUCAGCGAGAGACGCACGCCGCCCACUGUGGACUUCUGACUCCGGAUCUGCAUCCACAGCCGCUCAGUUCAGCUAUGGCCGACGCUAUUCGACAGGCAUAGGCGGCACGGGAAACUUCUCGUUCGCAAGGAGAGUCGACCAGACCACGGACGUAGAGGCGAAAGAUGAGGAUAUGGCACGGUUGCUAUAUGAUCGCUGGGCACCGGGGAUCGUCCUUGUCGAGGGUCGUUAUCAUACGGGGAUAGGCGGCUUCGCAAACAGUUAUCAACCCACCGACCUUGAAGACCAGGAAGCUCGGCUGAACAACGAGAAUAUGCGGAGACAAAGUCUCGCGGAUGUGGCACGGCGGAGGGGGAAUUUGGCUAUGUCGACUUGUUUGCCUUCGAACGAACGGCAUUCUCGUAGGGGUAGUCUAGCAUCGAUGCGGGAUUUCGUCAUGGGUAUGGGACGAAAGUCGAGCAAGGUCUGA